GGUGGGUGUUGGGGUGGCAAGGUCUCCCUAAAAACAGUCACGCAGGAAGGAUGGGCAUUUGAAGGAGACGAAGAAGAAAGGGCAAGGAAAGCCAAAAGUAUUGGAUACUGAAUGCAGAUAGUACCAUGGGAGCUGGGGUAUAGGUUGGAUAGGAUUGGGCGAAGUCAGAGUAGGUACCUACCAAGAAUAAAGGAUGCUGGGCACAGCUCAGACAAAGGGAAAGUAGUUAAUGAGAUUUGUGUGGUUCAGGUUCUGGGAAAAGAAGUGCAAAGGCCAGGACACCUCAAGCAAUACCAGCUGAGAAGGAAGCUGGGUAAUAAAGAGAAAAACUGGAAAAGUUAUGCCUGCAAGACUACGUGGCUUUCAGUAAACAGAUUGAAUAAGCCCGCUUUUUAUGUGACUAACCGACAACUAAUCGGUGCCGAUCCAAAUAUUCUCCUACAACAAUUGCUUCUUAUCGGCUUCUCCCAGUUCCGCUUAGUUGCAGUUUUCAGAAGCAGAGGAUUCCAGGUCUAUCUGGUGCAGGGCGUGUGCCCUGCAGCUCGCAGUCCUUCAGGUGGGGGGCCUCCAUCCACUUCCCUUCUCCCUGUCCCUCCGGUCUCCAGUUCCAUUCCAUGGGGGUGGAUGGCAUGUAUGAGAAGAGCAGAAUGCUGAACAUACAGAACAGUACAUGGGGUGGUCGCCAGGAGUGGUAUCAAGACAGUUUGGUGACAGGACCACCCAACCCUGAUAGUUGCCAGCAACUUGAAAGUGGCCUGGAUCCUGAGCAUCCCCAAGGUGCAAGCAACCAAGAUCUAGAUGAAUCUCAAAUCCGUUUGCAGCUGAAGCGCAAAUUGCAAAGGAACCGGACAUCUUUUACCCAGGAGCAGAUAGAAGCCCUGGAGAAAGAGUUUGAGCGCACUCAUUAUCCUGACGUCUUUGCCCGGGAACGCUUGGCAGCAAAAAUUGAUCUUCCAGAGGCCCGGAUCCAGGUCUGGUUCUCCAAUCGCCGAGCCAAGUGGCGCCGGGAGGAGAAACUGCGGAAUCAGAGACGCCAAGCCGGAGGAACAGGGGGACACCUGACCAUAAACAGCAGCUUUGGCACUGGAGGGAGCACUGUUUACCAGUCUCUCCCUCAGCCUACAGGGUCAGGCACUAUGUUGGGCCGCACAGAAAGUGCUCUCAGCAACAACUAUGGUGCCCUUCCACCCUUACCUACCUUCUCCAUGGCCAACAGCCUCCCCAUCCAGCAGCAGGCCGUGCCCCCGGUUGCCAGCCAGACGUCAUCUUAUUCCUGUAUGCUUCCUGGCAGUUCAUCGGUGCGAAGCUACGAUUCAUACACGCCAUCCCAGCUCUCCUCACAUAACCUGAGCCCAAGCAAUGGAGCCUCUACUGGUAAUGGAAGGGGAGGAGGCAUUGCAGGCUUAAUCUCUCCAGGGGUGUCCGUUCCUGUACAAGUCCCUGGAGGGGACCCUGAUCUUUCCCAGUAUUGGCCAAGAUUACAGUGAGGAGGGAAGUGGAAGAGGGAAAUGGAAGGCGGAAAGGAAAAUAGGAGAGUAAUGAAGAGGAGAAAUGAUGGGUCACAACAUGGAAAGGGAAUGGAAGAGAAGGAAGAGCUUGCCUUCCUGCCUCAACUUUGUGUAUCUAUCUAUGUUAGGCAACCAUGUCUGUGUUGGUGCCGAGCCUUCACCCUCCUCUCGGUGUGUGCACUUCUGUGUCACGGGAGAGCAGGGGACAGCUCCUCGGUUGUCCGUUCCCCUCCCUCAUUAUAUAGUUCGUCCUGUGGCUUUCUUCUUUUCCUCCCCUGGCUCCUAAAAAAGGGCAGAGAGAACCAGGAAAAAAGGCCUUCCAGAAGUACAAUGGCAAGACGCAAAAAGAAAACCGACGUCCUGGGGAUCAACUGUAAUGGAUUGUGGGAAUCAACGCCUCUUCGGGAAGCGGAUACAACAAACGAAACGGAUGAUAAACCCCAAGAGACAUAGUGGCCACCAAAUUAAAAUCCAGAGGAAUUCUACACAGGACUGCCUGAGGAAAAUGAAGCACACAUUCCCCUUUCAAGCUAUUGUUUGCAAAGGAUUGUUGGGGGUAAACCAAUACCACCGCAACCAUUUGGAAAGCAGUGAAUAUAAUUGUGGCGAAGAAAGCAUUGACCCUCUCCUCUUUUGCCCUCCUAGAAUAUCGUGGGAUAGAUGUUCAAGGCCUCCAGGCCCCUCUUGCGGUUUUGGGAGGGUUGCUAGUGUUACUUCUUCCUGGGUGUGUGAUGUUCAGUGGUUUUGCCCCUUUUAAAGAUUGUCCUUUAAGCCCCUCCAUGUAUCUCUGUUCACUCUGCCUCACUCCAACCUCUUUUCUUUCCUGCAUGGAAUUCACUUAGCUGGGUUUCCACAUGGAUCCCAGAGGACUUGGGACCUCUGACCUACACAAAAUGCUCACGCACACACACACUUACACACACACUCUUACACACUUGUAGAUUCAACCUGUUUUCACCUGUGUUAAUAAAGGGCCUGUGUAAAUAA